AUGCAAGGUUACUGCGAUGGGUUUUACUUCUUCAGGAGUUCGAUAUUGACGUCAGAGACAAGAAGGGUGUUGAGAAUGGUGUUGCAGACCAUCUCUCAUGCAUGGGUUGAAGAGGCCAUACCCAUAGAUGAUUUUCUGCCAGAGGAGAAUGUAUACUAUGUGGAAACUGGGUUUCAGAGCAGAUUUGACGAAGAAUUGCAGGCCUUUCGAAUUGGAGAAACGUUAGUGUCGAGCGACACCACCACUAGUGUCGCGCAACACCUUGCGCAGCAAAACACAGAGAUUUCUAAAAUUCGAAGCAGACUUCCUGAGAUCAGUUCAGCUGCUGUAUCAGCCACCCAACAUACUUGGUAUGCUGAUAUUGCCAAUUAUCUUGCUGCAGAGGCUGAGCCUGAGAACUUUAAGGGCUACGCGAAGAAGAAGUUCCUGAUAGAGCUGAAGAGAUAUCACUGGGAUGAGCCAUAUUUGUACAAGCACUGUUCUGAUGGGAUUUACAGAAGAUGCAUUGCAGAGUCAGAAGUUCCAGAGGUGCUGUUUCAUUGUCAUGGAUCUGAAUACAUUGGACACUUUGCAACCUUCAAAACAGUGUCUAAGUGUGAUGCUUCUCAGAGGAGAGGGAAGAUCAGCAAGCGACAUGAGAUGCCACAGAAUUUCAUCCUUGAGGUUGAAGUAUUCAAUUGCUGGGGUAUCGAUUUCAUGGGUUCUUUUCGCUUUUCUUAUGGGAAUAAGUACAUCCUGGUUGCUGUUGAUUAUGUUUCUAAGUGGGUCGAAGCCAUUGCCAGUCCCACCAACAAUUCUUCAGUGGUUCUUAAGAUGUUCAAGAUCAUCAUCUUCCCUCGAUUUGGAGUACCUCGAAUUGUUAUAAGUGAUGGUGGUUCUCACUUUAUUAACAAGGUUUUCGAAAAACUCUUGAGGAAACAUGGAGUUCAUCAUCGAGUUGCAACUCUUUAUCACCCUCAGACGAGUGGACAGGUUGAAGUCUCGAAUCGACAGAUUAAGGAGAUCUUGGAGAAGACAGUGGGUAAAACUCGGAAGGACUGGGCUGCGAAGUUGGACGAUGCACUCGGAGCAUACAGGACAUCUUUCAAAACGCCUCUAGGCACCACGCCUUUCCACCUGCUCUAUGGAAAACCCUGUCACCUUCCAGUGGAGAUCGAACACAAGGCAGCUUGGGCGAUAAAGAUGAUGAAUUUCGAUAUCAAGCCUGCUGCAGAAAGGAGACUGAUACAGCUAAAUGAGUUGGACGAAAUCAGGCAUCAUGCCUAUGAGAACUCGAAGCUGUACAAGGAGAGGACCAAGGCGUAUCACGAUUCGAAAAUCCUCUCCAGGCAAUUCCAACCGAAUGACCAGGUCCUUUUAUAUUCAAGGAGGUUCGACCCUAUGGUGCCAUCGUCCUCCUCACACCAGAUGGACGAUGGCAGUAGGGAGUUCACAGUGAAUGGACAAAGGGUGAAAAACUAUUGGGCCAAAGCUGCGAUUCCAGAUGGACACAUUGUUCCUCUGGAUGGUGCACCUCCUGCCUAA